AUGGACACACGCAGAAGCCUCCAAAGAAGCCUGAGUUCCUCCUCACAGGUCUCUGUCGUCGGCACGUACAGGAAGGGGGGCAUGCUCGUGGGGGUUGCACCCAGCGUCUACGGAGGGGCUGGAGGCCACGGCACCCGCAUCUCAACCACCAAACAAGUGGUGAAAUAUGGGAUUGAUGGGAGCAGAGGGGACCUGUUUUUAGGCGACGAGAAGAUGGCCAUGAGAAACCUAAAUGACCGCCUGGCAAACUACCUAGAAAAAGUACGGUCCCUGGAGCAAUCCAACACCAAACUUGAAAUGCAGAUCAAGCAGUGGUACGAAACCAACGUGCCCAGCCUCACUCGGGACUACAGCGCGUAUUACAAGCAAAUCGAAGAGCUUCAGGCUCAGAUUAAAGACGCUCAAAUGCAAAAAGCUCAGUGGAUCCUGAAAAUUGACAAUACUAAACUGGCUGCUGAGGACUUCAGACUGAAGUAUGAGACUGAGAGAGGGCUGCAUCUCGCAGUGGAGGCUGACGUCCGGGGCCUAGCUAAGGUCGCGGAAGACCUCACCCUGCACAAAGCAGACCUGGAGAUUCAAGUUGAUGAACUGAAAAAAGAACUGGCCCUCCUCAAAAAAGAACAUCAGGAGGAAGUGGACAGCCUGCGCACACAGCUGGGCAAAACUGUCAACGUGGAGCUGAAGGCUGCCCCAGGCCUGAACCUCGGCGCCAUCAUGGAUGAAAUGAGGAAGAAGUAUGAAGCCCUAGCCCAAGAGAACCUCCUGAAGGUCAAAGAAGAGUACGAGAUACAGAUUGAGUCUGUGCAGCAACAAGUCAUUGUAGACACUAAUGAGUUAAAAGAAGCUGAGGCUGAAGCCAAGAAGCUGAGACAAUCCUACCAGACCGUGGAGAUAGAGCUCCAGUCCCAUCUCAGCAUGAAAGACUCUUUGGAGAGGACACUGCAAGACGUCAAUGCCCGUUACCAUGGGCAGCUGGCCACCAUCCAGGCACUGCUUAACUCCUUAGAGGCCCAACUGCUGCAGAUUCGGACUGAAGCCGAGCGCCAGAGCUUGGAAUACAUGGACCUCCUUGACUUAAAGACCCGGCUUGAGCAGGAAAUUGCUACUUACCGACGCCUUCUGGAAGGAGAAGAUACAGUAUACAGGUCUAUAGAUCCAGUAAGCACCCUGGAGGAGAAAAUAGAUAUAAAGAAAGCCAGGAAGGUCACGACAGUCGUGCAAGAAAUAGUGGACGGCAAGGUCGUGUCAUCUCAAGUCAAAGAGAUGGAAGAAAAUAUGUAA